AACUGGCGGUAAUUGACGUCUCCUACAGUGAGUUAGAGACGUUGGGAAGAUGGUGUGUGUUUUAGAAGGCAACGGGAGUGAUGGAUGCAGCGGUGGUGGACGGAGGUAGUGGUUUUUUAGGUCGUAGUGGCAGUAGUAACGGUAGAGGUGUUGGUAGUAGUAUUGGUGGUAGUGUAUAAAAACAACAAACGUUAUCCUCUGUCCUCAGCAGAACGGUUGGUUUACUUCCUGAGACUUGACGUUUUUGAGUUUAUAUUUUCUGUACCAAAUUGGUGACAAAUAACCAGCGAUGUACCUGUUACUUCUGGUUCUGGCGUUAGGAAAACAAAUCGUGGGUCAAACUAACUUGGAUCAUCUGAAAAUUGCCGCCGUAAUAGAACACAGUAAAUACCAUGAUGGACUGAUUGACCUGAAGGAAUACAUAUGCCAUAGAAUCAACAUGAGAGUAACAUUUGAGAUGUAUAAUGUCAGCUCAAUGGACCCAGUAUUUUUGGAUGGCUUAGUACACGAUGUCGUGAGGGAAGACAUUGAUCUCAUUAUUUGGUUGGUAUCGUGCAACAUGCUUGACUUCCUACCGAAUAAAGUGUCCAGUGAAGCGGUGAUGUUAUUCCUGACUGAAGAGAAAUGUUCAGCUAAAGACCCAGUCGGAAGAAAAGGAGGAGGAAGCAGCCAAAAAUUCAAAGGCUUAGCCGAUGCCAUGCACCAUCUAAAGUGGCCAGACGUGAAGAUAUUCUAUGAUGAAUCUAUAAAUGGAACGGAAGUUUUGAUGUUAACGAACGAACUUUCAUCCAGAUACGUUAAAUCGGCCCUUUUCCGAAUAAAUUCCAGUUCUUCUUUUACGGAGAAAAUUCGAAGAACAUUUAUUUCUAUUAACCAAAAAGCUUUUUCUGAAAAUCGAUACCUCAUCAUUCUAAAGAAAGAGACCCUCGAAGUCAUUAUUAAAGAGGCGGCGUCACUUUGGAUGUUGGUAAGUAGGAAUUACUGGAUUCUGAUAAGUGAUGAUCUGGAUGUGAAGUCUCUCGUUCAGUAUGGACUGAAUCCGAGAAACGCCAAUUUGAUUAUUUUCAAAGACGCCUGCGACAUUUGCCGGGAGGACUUGAAAUCAAUUGAAGAAGCAACCAAUGAAAUACAGUUGACGGGACAGUUACCAGAAGAGACAAUAAAGAAGCAUAUCUUGACCAUUGUCUGUUUAAUGGUGAAAUUGUCCGAGAACCCCGAGUCUUUAAAAUCUAUAUCAAACUGCUCUAAUUUCACCAAAUUUCUGGCCAAUAUAACUGGGUUUGCAGUUCCCAAGAACUAUUCAACACUUAACCACAGCUGUUACACCGCUUACGAAAUGAAAACCGUUACAGAAGGACCACUUCUCACUUCCACGGUAGCACGAUGGAGACCUGAUUCCAGAUUAUUCGUGAUGAGGGAAUUUUAUCCGAAUGCCAAAUACCGACUCGGAAACAUUACAUUGAACGUAUCUACACUGACGUUACUGCCGUACGCAGUGAAGAAAGAAGACCACGGUAAGAUCUAUUUUGAAGGGUUCUGUGUAAUGAUUUUAAAGGAGCUGAGUCGACAAAUGAAUUUCAGCUAUAAGUGGGUGGUGCCAGAAGACCGAGAAUUUGGUAUGAUGGUGAAUGGUUCCUUUACAGGACUUGUAGGUUUGCUUGAGAGACGAGAAACCGACAUGGUCAUUGGUCCGCUCACCUUAACACAAGAACGCUCCCAAGUAAUCGACUACACAUACCCUUAUGCCGAAGAGGGUCGGGGAAUGCUUAUCAGACGACCCGGAAAUUCUUCCACCUCUGAUUUAUUCAAGGUUUUUUACGUUUUUGACCAUGCCUCUUGGCUCUGUUGCUUGUCUGUCAUAUUCUUCAUAUCCACAUUCUUAACAGUCAUCGAUGGCCUACAUAAAAUGUCAGACUCUCACAAUUCUAUCAAAGGAUUGCCAGACAGUGGAACGGUGAAGACCGUUUGUCUAUUUUCGAAGCUGAACUGGAGCGAAAUUCUUUGGGCCAUUUUUACCAUAUAUGUCUCUCAGAACGGUGCUUGGGAACCCAAACACAUUCGAUCGCGAAUCAUCGUGUUAAGCUGGUGGAUCUUUACAAUCUUCAUCACUACAUACUUCACUGCCAACCUUACAGCUUACUUCACAGUGACCAUACAGAUCUCUAGCAUCGAAAACCUCAAAGACUUGGCUGAUGACAAAGACAUAUUACCGUUUACAUUGGCUGGCUCAGUUCUGUAUACAGAAUUUAAGGUAGAUUAA